UCCACGUUAAAACUCAAUUUCCAAAAUCUCCCACUUCUGGCAUAAGUCAAUUUUCUUCAUAAUCAAUUAAUUUGCUCAUCUUCACUUCGAGAAGAAAAAAAAUAUGAUGUGUUUUCGUUGAUUACUAAAGAUAGAAAAACGAGAAUUAUCUGCCGCUGAAAUUUCAGAGAAAUGUCACGUUCAAGAUCGAGGUCAGCAUCGGUUGAUUUCGGACAAAAGAGUGGUCGACAUUCAUUGAUAUUUUCGAAAUCCAUCUUCUCAUCGAAGCUAUGCAGAGGAGAUGCAAUCGCAGCACAGAUUGAUAAUAGAGCACUCAAAUCCGUUUCGAAUUUAUCCGAGAAACAUGGUGUGAGAGGAAACAUCUCAUUGCAGCAGCAGCCGAUGAGGGAGAUGGAAGAUAGUGAGAGUGAGGAGCUGUUGAUGGAGGUGGAGAGCUUGAAGAAAACGGUCGCCUCCGCCCGCGACGAAAGCAAGGCGAAGGACCGGAAGAUGGCGAAUUUGGAGGCCGAGCUCGGCCGUAUGCGCCAGGGCGAGGCGGACAAGGACGCCUCGCUCGGGCAGCUCAUGAAGGAGCUCCGCGAGCUGCGGGAGGAGUCGAAGGCCCAAGAAUUGGAGCGGGAGCUCGAGCGGAAGACCAUGGCGGAGUCGAGCAUGGCCAGGCAGCUCGACUCCGCCAUGUUCGAGCUCGAGGAGUCCAAGAUCGAGAUCGCGUCGUUGCACGAGAAGAUCGACGGGCUCGAGGAUCUCUGCCACCGGAUUGGGAAAGAGGCGACCGACAACGAGGAGGUUCGGGAUUUGAAAUCGAAGCUGUUGAAGGCGCAGGAGGCCGAGACGAGGGCUGUGUCGAAGGCCGAGAGCUUGGCGGAUGAGAUGGAGGUGUUGAAGGGGGAGUGGAAGUUUUCCAUGGAGGGGGAAGAUAAAAGCUCGAAAGCGAUGGAGGAUCUUGCGAUGGCGUUGAAGGAGGUGGCGACGGAGUCGAAUAAGGCGAAAAUGGAGCUGAUUGCGAAGGAGGCGGAGGUGGAGCGGAUGAAGGAAGAGUUGGCGGAAGCGAAGGCCGCGGCCGAGCGUCUCCGCGCGGAAACAGAGGAGACGCUCUUAGCGUGGAACGCUAAGGAGAUCGGGUUCAUGAGUUGCAUCAAGCGCGCGGAGGAGGAGCGCGCUCUCGCGCAGAUCGAGAGCCACAAGAGCGCGGAGUCACUCAAGGCCGCGGAGAAUAUGACUCGUUCGGCCCAGGAGGAGACGUACAAGCUUCAGGACAUACUCAAGCAGGCGAUAAACGAGUCGAACGCGGCCAAGGCCGCGUCCGGGCUCGUGAGGGACGAGAACUCCCUCUUAAAAGACUGCCUCGCGGAGAAGGAGGAGGCGCUGCACUUCACCUCGCAGGAGAACGAGCGCCUCCGGAUCAGCAAGGCGGCCGCGCAGGAGCACGUGAAGCAGCUCAAGCAGAUGCUGACGCUGGCCUCCGCGGAUAUCAAGAUCGACGACAAGGACGAGAUCGGCUUCGUCAUGUUCACGGACAGCGGGCACGACGGGAACGAGGGCGAGGAUAGGAAGUAUAGCUUCGAUAUGGAUGAGGUGCAGUUUAUUAACGAGGCCGAGGAUGGGGACGAGGACGAAGACGAAGACCCUGAGAAGGCCGAGGCACUCAGGGGGUCCAUCUUCGACACGAGUGUCGAAACGCCAAAGACGGAGGCGAGGACGCCUAAGGCGACGUUCUUUAGGCUCAAGUCGACCAAGUCGACUUCGACUUCCUCCCCGCUCGGGGACGAGCAUGACGAGGCGGAUGGGGAGGGGGAUAAGCAGCACGAGCACGAGCACGGGCCAAGACGGUCGAAGACGAUGUUCCAACGAGUCGGGGGGCUUUUGACUAUAAGGAAUAGUUUCCAUAGGAAGGAGCCAUCGAUUGACCAGAAGACCACACCUACGCAAACGCAGCAACCUAGCCAAGUCUGAUGUUGGCAUAGAGGAAUUAAGUGUUUGCUUAUUUUUGAUUCAUCAUUUGUUGUAAACAUGGAAAUCACAUUCAUUCCUUCAUCAUUAUAUGUAUAGAUUGGGGCGAUGAUUUUAAA